GUGCAGAAGGAAGGAAAUAACAGGGAUUUCCCAAUUUUUGAAGCCAGUGAAUAUAUAUUGCAAUUAUUCGUUAACUUGUUGAGAACGUGAUAAAUGUACCAAGAAGUUAGUAUUUAAAGCAUUAUUACGUAAUGGUUUUUUUGGAAAUUUUUCACACUUGUAAACAAUAAUGAUUUAAAAAUAGAAUUUUGUAGAAAUUUUCAUAUUUCGUUGGGCGAUAACUGAGAAUAUCGUGGGAUUUUAGCUAAAUUUUCUUAAAAAAUAUCAUAAUUCUCUAUUCUUAUCAAGACGAAUUUUUAUUAAAAUUGUAAACAAGGCCACCGUUUUAAGAACUUUCAACUUUGUUUCAAAACAAGUGAUUUAUUCUUCUUAUAUAACUUAACAUUAAAAUUUCAAAAAAAUAGCAUAAUUGAAACUAUUAUCUAAGUUUCGAGGAGAUUAAAUAUUACGUAACUAACCAAAAAACGGUUCAAAUUAAUUAGUAAACAAUACCAUAGUGCACGAAAAAAUACAUCUUUCUGGACAUUUGCCAUUUUUUGAAAGAAAGAAGAGAGUAAUUUUCAGUGAACACAAAACAAAUAACAUGUUUUAUGCUAAAGUACACUAAAGCAUGCUAUGCACUCGUGCUAAACAUUAUCUGUAGAUGAAUAAUUUUGAAGAUAAAAACUGAUUUUUUAUCUAAAAAUUCUUGUUUCUACUACAUUAACUUACAAAUUUUACAAUAAAUUAAAAAUUUCAUUUCAUAUUCGCCUAGUUCCCUAUUUUUGUAUAAGUUUUAAUUUACUCAUCUGGUCAAAAUUUUAGGACACUUGAGAGAUGACAUAUUUUCUUCUAGUAUAUAUAUAUAUAUAUGUCUUAUUGCAUAACGUAUUAGGAUGUUAAAAUUAGGUUCUACUUUUUUACAUCAGUCUGUGUUUUUUGUAACAAUCUUUAAGUUUUUUUCUCUUUUGCACUAAAAGUUCUAACUUGAAAAACUUUAAAAGAAAUAUUACAAUACUUUUUAAAGAAAAAUUGUAAUUUUAGUCGGUGACCGAAAAACAAAUAUCUUAUGUAUAUUUGUUCUUAAAAUCAGGCUAAAAACAAAAUACUUAAGGUAAUAACUAAACUUAAGCACAAAUUGAAUAACUUAAAAGGGUAGUCACGAAUAUUAAAACUGAAAAAAAAAAUCAAUUCGAUUUGCAAAAAUAAAUAAAUAAAAAUAUUUAUUGUUAAUAUAAUUUAAGAUAUAGAUCUGACGAACACGUUGUUUAAGAAUGCUUUUUAGCCAUCUUAAACAGAUACGGUGAAAGGUAAGCAAAAAUUCUAAAUCUAAUUAUUUGCUCUAUCGAUAAUAUGUUUACACCAUUUAAGGUGUUUUAUGGGACAAAGUCUCUUCAUAAAGCAGCUAUCAAUACAAUAUGUAAGAAGAAUAUUAAAGCUUUUUUCGGUUAGUUUCAUUUCAACGGUCUCAAUUGGAGCUGUUUCCGCUGUUAGAUAAUUCAUUAUUCACAAAUUAAUCUUAAAUACACUUUCAAGACAUUCAAAAACUUACAAAUUAUUAAAAUUCCUGCCAGUAAAAAAAUUAUCAGAGUUCGACCGAAAGCCAUGUUACCGCUUGCUUGUCAGAGAAGCGAAUAGCUUCUUAGGCAGACGACGCACAUUUAUAAAACUUAGCAGAAGUUCGACCUUUGCUUUAAAUCACGUGUUUCAAUGAAAAUAGAGUAUAAGAUGAGCAAGAGACACAAAGAGACAGCUAAGUCGAAAGAAAUUAAGGAAGAGUCUUCCGGAAAAAUUAAAAAAGCAUCCUCAAAGAGCGUUAAGUUAGUUUGGAAGGACAAUAAACCUAUCAUUGAAACGAACUCAAAAAAUUCAGAUGGGAAAAAACAUACACUUGAAAAGAAAAAAAGAAAAAAAAUAAAAGAAGUGACAGAUAAAUUGGUAAAAAAAGACUCAUCUUCCACCAAGAAGGAUUAUGACGAUUCUUAUCGGGAAGAAGAACCAAUGGAAACUGAUGAUAUUAUUAUGAAAGAGCUACAACUACUUAGAGAAGAAAAUCAUGCAAAAGUUCAAUCCAAAUAUACAGAUCACAAUUAUAGGAAUUUAAAACAAUAUUCGCCAAAAUCCAAAGGAAAAAAGAUUGUUGUUGAUACAAAUGUGUAUAUCAACGAUUUGGAAUUAAUAAAGAUGAUUAAUCGCAACAAUUAUAUACUUGUUGUACCAUAUAUAGUGAUUCAAGAAUUGGAUGAUUUAAAGGAUAGAAGGAGUUUAGGAGACGAUAAACGAUUAAAAGCUAGAGAGGCUAUAAAUUUUCUUUUGUCGGCGUUAGAAAAUCCGAAAGCAAACGUAUUAUUCAAGGGGCAAGACCCUCUUAAUGAUGAUCUUAAAAAGUUGAAGAAUGACGAUAAGAUACUUUUUUGCUGUAAAUCGGAAGCAAUCGAACUUUUUUUGACGGAUGAUAAACCUCUAUGUAUUAAAGCGUCUAUACAAGGCUUGAAAGUAUAUAGAACAAAGGAAUUUCGUAAGGAGCUGUUGAAGAAAUGUAAAUUUGUUAGUGUAGAGGAAAAAAUUAACUUUGACAUUAACGAUGAUGCUCAGAUGGAAGAGGAAGAAGUUAACAAACAAAAGAUUGAUGAAAGAGAAGUACAAUUAGAGAGAGCGGCCUUUGCAUUUUUUCGUACAUUCAUUGAAAUUGCAAUGAAAGAUGCCUAUGAUGAAAUAUGGAGGGAUGUUUUAACAAAGAAUCCAACAAGUUUAAAGAGAUGCUUUCAACUCAUGCACAAGCAUUGGAUUGCCGUAUUUGGCUCUCUUUUUGUCAGUCGUCAUGACGCAAAAGAUAUCCUAAAUGACCUGAGAAUGGAUGGGGAUACUGUAAAGCUUCUUGAUUAUUUACGUCUUAUCAAUCCAGUCGAAAGCAAACGCUUGAAGAUUGAUUCGUUGCUUGAAGACUUUAUGGAUAAAUGGAAAACUAUAAUGUCAAACAACAAUUUAACAGUAGAACAAGUAAUGGGCAUUUUCUUCGAAAUACUAAUUGGAUUUAGAGAUCGUGUUUUAAACGAUCUGCAUUGUAAACCAAACGAAGUUAAACAAAUUAUACAAAUUGCCGCCAAUAAAAAAAUUUGGCAAAAAAUUCGAUGGUGCUACGUGUUGUACGAAAGAUUCUUAGACACAAGAUCUCCAGAAAGUUAUAAAAAUUUAACAAAAAUCAUAAACGAUGUUCUCAAUUCUACAAGGAAACCUCAGAGAUUAUUGGAACAUUCCCUUCGUGAGUUUGAUAAUGCUAGUAGAGAUAGAAUGCUUAUCGGAUUCGGACAACUGAAGGAUACGAUGACCCCAAUGGAACAUAUGAUAUCGCAAUUGCCUUUAGAAUUGAGGAAGCUAUUCGACAUAUCCGUUUGAAUAUACAAAAAGUAUUUCCUGUAUAAAUGAACAUGUAAAUUUCUCAGGUUAUUUGAUUAUGGAUACUGGUUUAAAUUGCUCUCUGCAGUGACAUACGAGAUUGAAUUUAAGAAAAAAUAAAACUCAGGUUUUUAGUACUGGAUCACUUAAAGUGCUACUAUUUUUGUCAUUUUUCUUUUUUGUUAAAAUAAACAACAUUUUUGGUUAUAUAUAAAGAAAAAGAUGAAUUUGCUCUAAUAUCUAGUAAAUAUAGUAUUUGAAUUCAUAAUUAAGAUAUGUAACACACUGUCGAACAACGAACGAAUUUAUAAAGGUUGUAAUCUAGAUUAAUAAUCUACAUUUUCUAUCAAAUAACAAUUAAAGAAAUCUUUUUUCAGAUAUGCCUUUAUUUGUUUCAAUAAACAGGACUUAUAUUCCGUUAAUACUUUUUACAGAAUUUGGCCUUCAUGAUCAUCAAAUAUAAAAGAUAAACGAGCUGUUUGUUCAUUUAUUU